CUUCUCUCUACUUUCGACAUAUGAAAGUUUUAAAACUGUUUCAUCAUUUAAAGAUAGAUUCAAGUCAAGAUUUUGCCGAUUUAGAAGUUAAAAAGUUACUUAGGUUCGCUAGGAAGGUUCUCUACAUCAGAGCCGUCCUAAAAAGUACUGCUUUAAGAUGGCGGCUGUCUACUAACUCAUUUAGUGCCAUGUCUGUCAUUUUGCAUCUAGUUAUAUCUAUGUACAGUACAUGUGAUAUCUAUCAUGUCUACCAUAUCUACCAUAACAUGCGCGCGUAGUUUGUACUAGCUAUCGGCUACAACAUGUAUUAUUGGAGCUACCUAGCAUCGCGUUUGCUCGGCGUCACAACUUUCUUGCCUCCUCCAUACUCCUGCUCUGUCGUCUCGGCUGACAACCCCGCCGACCGCCACGAUGGCAGACCGCUUCGACUGCGACAACUGCAAAGAAUCCCUGUACGGCCGCAAGUACAUCCAGUCGGAAGACAGCCCUUACUGCAUCCCCUGCUACGACAGCCUCUUCUCUAACACGUGCGACGAGUGCAAGGAGCUCAUCGGCCAUGACGCCCGGGAGCUCUUCUACGAGGACCGGCAUUACCACGAGCACUGCUUCCGCUGUUUCCGCUGCGACCGCUCACUGGCAGACGAACCCUUCACCAACCAGGAGGACGCGCUGCUCUGCAACGAUUGCUACUGUAACGAAUUCUCAUCCAAGUGCGUCGCCUGCGACAAGAUUGUCAUGCCAGGUACCAGAAAGCUAGAGUACGCGGGCUCCACGUGGCACGAGGGCUGCUUCGUCUGCCACGCCUGCGAGCAGCCCAUCGGCUCCAAAUCGUUCAUCCCUGAGAAGGACGAGCACUACUGCGUGCCGUGCUACGAGGACAAGUUCGCACCGCGCUGCACGCGCUGUAAAAAGACCCUCGCUAAAGGUGGCGUGACCUACCGGGACGAGCCGUGGCAUAAGGAGUGUUUCGUGUGCAGCAGCUGUAAAACGCAGCUGGCCGGCCAGCACUUCACCUCGCGAGACGACAGUCCGUAUUGCCUCAAGUGCUUCGGAAGCCUCUACGCCAAGAAGUGCGAGGCCUGCAGCAAACCCAUUACAGGUUUCGGCGGAGGCAAGUACAUCUCGUUCGAAGAGCGCCAGUGGCACCAGCCUUGCUUCACCUGCACACAGUGCUCCGUAUCGCUGGUGGGCGCCGGUUUCUUCCCCGAUGGCGAGCGCAUCCUGUGCCGCGACUGCCACAACGGCUUAUAAAGACACCCGCGGUCCCCCUCUUAAUUCCACUCGACUCGCAUCGUAGCCAAAGUCUACCAAGAAUGGUAAUACAGGGAAGGGAAUGCAGUUUUUCCAAAAUGGAUCAGCACCGAACCGCUUUUUCUACAAUGUAGUGCCUUAAAUCAACAUGCGCCGUCAAUGGCAGCGAACAAUUUAAAUCAGGGGUGUCAAACAAAUAGACAGUCAACACGAUUUUAACAAUACGUCAGUGGCUUGCGUGAGCAGUUUACAGAUCUCAGUGGAUCACAGUCAGUACCAUAGCUUACUCCAGCCAUCCAUUAUCAUUUCAUUUAUCCUGAAAUAAACAUACAGUGCCUUGCAAAAGUAUUCGGCCCCCUUGAAUCUUGCAACCUUUCGCCACAUUUCAGGCUUCAAACAUAAAGAUAUGAAAUUUA